AUGGUCACCGUCAACAUUCGCCGGGAUGUCACCGAUCCCUUCUACCGCUAUAAGAUGGAGAAGCUCCAGUCCAAGGUCGAAGGCAAGGGCAACGGCAUUAAGACCGUCAUCGUCAACCUUGACUCGGUCGCCAAAUCUCUGAGCCGUCCUCCCUCUUUCCUCAUCAAGUACUUCGGUUUUGAGCUCGGUGCCCAGGCCAACGCUAAGCCUUCUGAUGAGCGUUGGAUCAUUAACGGCUCCCACGAUCCUUCCAAGCUCCAGGAUUACCUCGAUGGCUUUAUCUCCAAGUUUGUGCUCUGCAAGAAGUGCAAGAACCCCGAGACCGAUGUCACCAUCAAAGAUGACAAAAUCACCUUGGAUUGCAAGGCUUGCGGUCAGCGCUCUGACGUCGACCCUCGCCUUAAGCUGAGCACUUUCAUUGUUCGCAACAACCCCAAGGGUGGCAAGAAGGAGAAGAAGAAGUCCCGUCGCGAACGCGAGAAGGAGAAGGCUGCCAACGGCGAAGAUGCCAGCCCCGCUGAUAGCAACAACUCCGAAGAGGAUGCCGACGAGGCCCUCGAGGCCCACAGUGACGAUGAAGUCACCCGCCAGGCUCAGGCCAUCGAGGCUGAGGCUGAGAUUGAAGAUGACGAAUGGGCCGUCGAUGUAUCCGAAGAAGCCGUGAAGGCUCGUGCCAAGGAUCUCCCCGAUGACCUUAAGCGCGCUCUCGUGCUUGAGAAUGGCGACGACGAGGGUGCUGACGGUGGCUCCGCCUACGAGCAAUUGGGCAGCUGGAUUGUCGAUACUGCCGCCGAAAAGGGUGAUGUCACCCAAGUCGGCGAUGUUGAGAUCUACAUGAAGGCCAAGGAAUUCGGCAUUGAGAGCAAGCACAAGACCUGCGCUGUGCUAGCGCAGAGCAUCUUCGACGAGAAAAUUGCCAAGCAAGUCGAGAGCCGUGCCGGUCUGCUCAAGAAGAUGAUCAGCUCCGACCGCCACGAGAAGGCCUUCCUCGGCGGUACUGAGCGCUUUGUCGGCGUGGACCACCCCGAUCUGGUUGCUCAGAUUCCCGCUAUCCUGCUCGCCUACUAUCAGAACGAUCUCGUGUCUGAGGAAACCCUCAAGGCCUGGGGUGCUAAGACUAGCAAGAAGUACGUGGAUGUCUCGAUCAGCAAGAAAAUCCACAAGGCUGCCAAGCCGUUCCUCGAGUGGCUUGAGACUGCUGAGAGCGACGAAGAGGAGGAGAGUGAUGAGGAGAGCGAGUAA